AUUCUUUUUCCGUUUCCGGUUUUAUAAGUGGUCCGCCAGAGUUGGCGGGCAGCAGCUCCUGGGUUACUUUGAGUUAGGGUCGCUGCUUUUGGUGUAGAAGACGGGAACCCCCUGUGUGCCGACAUUUCGGAGAAGUGGUCGGGGUUGCGAACAGUCAAGUGGAAGAGAAGGAGGUGACUUGUACAAAGAAAACUGCUCCAGGACCACAAGACUUGGAUGCCCUCUGCAUCUCCCCUGCCUUCUGGUUCCAGUGACUGACAGUAAGGAUAAAUAUUUGGAUUAUGGCAAGAUGAGCUUCCUGUUGCCCAAGCUAACUAGCAAAAAAGAAGUAGACCAAGCAAUAAAAAGUACUGCAGAGAAGGUAUUGGUUCUCCGAUUUGGGAGAGAUGAGGAUCCAGUCUGUCUGCAGCUAGAUGAUAUUCUUUCUAAGACGUCUUCUGAUCUGAGUAAAAUGGCUGCUAUAUAUCUGGUAGAUGUGGACCAAACUCCCGUUUACACGCACUAUUUUGACAUCAGUUAUAUUCCAUCUACUGUGUUCUUCUUCAAUGGGCAGCACAUGAAAGUGGAUUAUGGGUUAUCUCACUUUCCCUCUGUCACCAGGGGGCAGGGACUACGUGAUCCUGCUGUGCCAGGAACAUGGACAUUGGUUCCCAGCUGUACUCCCUUAGUUCUGCCAAUUCUCUUCUUGAAAACUGGGUCACUGGAAACAUACAUUCUGAUUUUUCAAGCUUUUAAAAAAGACUCCCAAAAAGGCUUUUGGGAGUGUGCCUCCCAAAAAAAAAAAAAAAAAAGAAGAAGAAGAAGAAGAAGAAGCAUCGACCCUGACACUUUAUAAAUGAGGAACUUCUUUCUAGGUUCCAAGCUUUUAAAUCAAAUAUUAUUCUCAAAGCAGCUUCUAGCAGUAAGACAGCCAACCAGACCUGGUCAACCCACAGAGUCUGCCAAAACUUCAAAUAUAAUUUGCCAGUUUGAAAUUGGUCAGAGGUCAAAGUUAUGAAGAUAUUGUUAGAGAACAAAAUUCAACCAAGUAAAUUUGAGGGUUGAAUUAGCUUUAUUAGGUGAUUCAUGAAUCAGGCAGCAUCCCAUCUCACAAGUAGAGAGCAUGCUGUGGGGAGUUUUACAAAAUGGAAGGUUUUUAUAGCAAGAAGGGUGGGCAAAGAAGUUAUUAGCAAAAAAGAAAGAAACACAAAUGAAGUGAGGGAGGGAGGAUUUGAUUGUUUCUUGCCAGGACAUCUUCUUCUUUGGAUACACGGAACGGGCAAGGUUUUCAUCAUACAGAUGACCUCACCAUUGCUGAUCAGGAAAUUUCACAUUGAUUGGUAAAAAGUCACAUUCCUGGAAUGGGUUGAAACUGUAAUUAAGUCUUAGUUUGUUGUUGCAGGGAAGAAGGGGGGUGGAAAUGAUUCCAUUUUGGGCUUGUUUCUUUUUUUAACAUUAUUAUGAUCAUAAUAAUCCCCUUGUGUGCAUUUCCAGCAGUUCCCAGUGUGGACUAAAUCAGCAAACUCCAUUAGUGGAAAAAGCAGACUGGAACUGGGGAAAGGACUACACCAGCAAACCCCAGUAAAUGGGGACUGGGGACUAGAACUGGGGACAGGAUUUCAGUAUAGAAUUGAACACUGAACCAAGAGCUAAGGACUGGCACUCGGUUUGAGCCUCCAGUGAUUCUAGACUGACCCCAUCUUAGAAAACCAAUUAGAUGCCGAGCUUGAGGAAAAGAGAAUGGAGCUCAAAUGGAGAGGAACUCAUGGCCCUUGGAAACAGUGAGAAAGAGACUGAACUCAAAAGGGGUUUUUCAGGCUCCACAUCUGUUUUUCAGGGAAGACCCAAAAGUACUGUUGCUCAGGGCAGGAGAAGCUUGAUGCUGCAAACUGGAGGCUACUUUUGAGAUGAGCCAAUCCCCAGUCCCAGUUUUCCCACAUGCCCUCACUCAUACCCUGCCCUCACUUGGGGCUCUGGGAGCAUCACAGCCAGGAAGCAGGCAAAGACCACGUGGGCCAUGACUGCAAAAGCAUUAGGAAAUAAAUCAAGGAAACUUGUCUGGCAAAGCAUUUGGGAACAGUGUUCUGAGUGCCAACCAGGUUCCGGGAAGAGUUGAGCCAUCCAUUCUGGUCCCAUGACAGAUCUUUCUAGAAGGAAUGGGUUAAAAUUCUACUUCAAGCUCCAAGAAAUUAGGGAUUUGCAUAAUGAUGACCCCAGGAAAUAGUAUGAAAUUAGUCCUAGCCACACAGAGAAAUCACUGCAGCUGUGUGAGGCCAUGCCCCCAGAGGAGUCCCUCUCUGCUAGGGAAGCACUGGGCGCCUCCCACUGUUGUAGAGUGUGCCCCACUGGAUUCUGGUCAGUUGUGUUUGUAUUUGUCUCUUCUGAGACAUAAGAGAUGGUAGAAAAUUCCAUUAUCUUCAUCCCCAAUAUGCAGCACAGCCACUGGCAGGAAGCAGAAUCUCAGUAAAUGGUUUUGCAAGAAUGAAUGAGUGAAAGAAUAAAUGAAUCUAUAGGUCAGCCUUA